ACCCACAAACAGCUGUCGUCCGUAAUUACUGAAUUUGCGUCGCAAUAAACAAUAAUAAUUAUGUUUCGUCUGCAUUGUAACAAGUGUUACCAUCUUCGGUCCCAAGAGCCGACCUUGGCCCUCAACCUGACCCGAUGCCAUCACAUAAUUUGUGCCAACUGCCUGGAGCGGAGCUCCUUGGAGGACCCGAAGAAGUGUCCGCUAUGCAGCCAGCCACUGCAGACGAUCCCCAUUGACCGGAACAUGCCCAGCGGCAUGGCCCAGUACUUUGAGGAUCCCACUAGAUUCCUGAAGCUGUACCAGAAGAUCAGCAAGUUCCAGGGCGAUCAACGGACAUCGGACAAUGUGGGAUUUUGGCAGCAGAUGGAGCGGCAGCGCGACUUGGAGCUGCAGUUGCAGGGCUACAACAAGAUCGAGAUGCAGUUGAAUCAGCAAAUCGAGCGGGAGAAGAAGCGCAUCGAGGAGAUGCGCAAGUACAUCGAGUACUAUGAGAAGGCGGCACCGAGUGGCAGCAGCAGCAGCCAUAGAGGACGCCGGGGAUCUAGGAGUAGCCAGGAACGUGGUUCAAGACCACAUACACCUUCGGUCACCACAACGACAACGGACACCUCGAUGGAGAAGGAGAACAACUUUUUCAUGGACACCACGGCGGAUGAUUUUGGGCCAAAAAAACGCCGCAAUGACAAGAAUUUUCAUAUUUAAUAAGUAAACCAUUGAUUAAUUUGUUAGAUUUAAGCAUAAAAUAAGAAAAAUUAAGGAAAAAACGUGAUUAAAA